CACCUGUUCGCGGCAGCCCGGGCAGCACGCGAGCUCCGGGACGCGGUCCUCGCCCGCCGCUUGCCGCUCGCCUCAUUGCAAGCCGCUGGACCUCCGCAGAGCCUCUGCAGCGUUCUGGAUACUAGCUUUGGACGCCGAAAGUUUUUUUCUUCUUUUUGUUAUAUUAUCCUUAUUUUUUAGAGGAGGGACUGGGAGGAGAGAUUUGUCGCCGCCGCCAACGUGAGGUUUUUUUUCCCUCCCCCUUGAAGGAUUCAUGCUGAUGUCUGCAGAGUCGGUUAGAGAGUAAAAACAGCGCAUGCCUUUCUGGAGUCAGGAUCCGUAAAUUCUGACGUAGCCCGAGCAUCUUAAAAAUCCCUGUAAUAUCGCCCAAGCACUUACGUUGCUAUGGUCAUUCUGAUCUCUAAGCAAAUGGAGAAACUACGGAUUUUUUUCCCUUAUUACGGUCGGAUGGGGUGAAGACCUUUCUGCCUGCUGAGAGCCGAGGCUCCAUAUGUAGCGAUGCAUAGCUGUGUUGAUCAGUGUCAGUGUGUGAGUAUAAAGUGGUGGCUUCUUAGGCUAUCAGUGGUUUGACCUUGAACCUGUGCCAGAAAAAACAGCAGAUUACUUUUAUUUAUGCAUUGGAUGGAUUGAAGAAAAGAACCCCUCUUUCCCUCUCUCUCUGCAACUACGGCAAGGGAGGGGAGUUGGAUAUACCUCGCCUAGUGUCUCCUGGUUGAUACGAUCAUUAUUGUUUAUUCUUGUGCUUAAAAGCCGAGUCCUCUGAUGGCUCCCUUAGGUGAAGUUGGGAGCUAUUUCGGUGUGCAGGACUCGGUACCGUUCGGGAACGUACCGGUGUUGCCGGUGGACAGUCCGGUGUUGCUAAGUGACCACCUGGGUCAGUCUGAAGCAGGGGGGCUGCCCCGGGGACCGGCAGUCACGGACUUGGAUCAUUUAAAAGGGAUUCUCAGGCGGAGGCAGCUGUACUGCAGGACUGGAUUUCACUUAGAAAUCUUCCCCAACGGUACUAUCCAGGGAACCAGGAAAGACCACAGCCGAUUCGGCAUUCUGGAAUUCAUCAGUAUAGCAGUUGGCCUGGUCAGCAUUCGUGGCGUGGACAGCGGACUCUACCUCGGCAUGAAUGAGAAGGGAGAGCUGUACGGAUCAGAAAAACUAACACAAGAGUGUGUAUUCCGAGAACAGUUUGAAGAGAAUUGGUACAACACCUAUUCUUCCAACCUGUAUAAACACGUGGACACCGGAAGGAGAUACUAUGUUGCAUUAAAUAAGGAUGGGACUCCAAGAGAAGGGACCAGGACUAAACGGCACCAGAAAUUUACACACUUUUUACCUAGACCAGUGGACCCCGACAGAGUACCUGAACUAUAUAAGGAUAUUCUAAGCCAAAGUUGACAAAGACAGUAUCUUCACUUGAGCCCUUAGAACAUAACCACUAUCAAUGCUUCCCUGCCGUGGGUUCUUAUUGAUUAGCAGGGCCUUCACCUCAGCUCCACUGUUGGCAAACUUUGUCGCAUGCAUAUGUAUGAUGGAAGCUUGGAUGGGGACUUGCUGAUUUGCUCUGCACUUACAGGCUGGUCCUCCUGGAGGGUUGCCUGGGGCCACUUGCUUGGUUGAUUGUGAAAGCAGGGGAGAGGCUGCGUGAGAGGGUGUGAGUACCCGAGUGGGUGAGGCGAGGGGGACAGCAGCGCGCCAAGAGGACAACGGCCUGAUGCAUGCUGGGAAAUAGACAUGCUUUUACAUUUUUGAUCAGUUGAACUUCAUCCUAUAUCAGCACAGCUGCCAUACUUCAACUCAUCAGGAUUUUUGGCUGGUGGCCUGCUCAAGGGAGCACGCCUCUCCACAGGCGUGGAGGGCGCAGUCUCACUGAAAAGACUGUCAGCUCAUUCUCACUGAUAUCAUACAGUGAACUCAAA